UCUCCAUUAUUUCCUUCAUUUCUUAAGAACAAAAGUAGAAUAAUAAAAUGGAGAAGACCGUUUCCGGGGACAUGAUGAAUAAUAACUCAAGCUCAAAACGGGAAGCAUCAGCAUCGUGUAAAAAGAAUGCACGAGCUUCUCGUCGCCAAAAGCUGGAGCUGAGCCGGGCUAGAGAUGUGGGUGUUGGUGAGGAGGACAACGGAGGAGUGAAAUGCCGCAAGCUGCAGAUGUUCCAGGAUGGUAAAGGUAAGGGGAAGGCUGAGAGUGGAGAGUUGAGCCAGAGAGUUGAGCAGAAUUUGGUGGAGGAGAAAGAUAGUGUGAGGUCGGAGAAGUGCCCUAACUUUGGGCUCUCUUCGAUUUGUGGACGGAGGAGAGAUAUGGAGGAUUUUGUUGCUGUUCACGCUUCUCUUUGCAGCAAAGACAUCGGAGAUGCUCCAAAGUUUCAUUACUUUGCUGUUUAUGACGGACACGGAUGCUCUCAUGUGGCAAAGAGGUGCAAAGAGAAGUUGCAUGAGCUGGUGAAGGAGGAGCUAAGAGGCAAGGAGGUGGUGGAAUCCAUGGAGUGGAAGGAAGCUCUGGAGAGAAGCUUUGCCCGGAUGGACGAGGAGGUCAUUACAUGCAAAGAAGCUGUAAUGGCUGCUGCUGGCUGUAGAUGCCUCCUCCCUUCACCGGAGUCGGAUGCUGUUGGCUCCACCGCUGUGGUUGCUCUUGUGACUCCUGAUAAGAUUAUUGUGGCCAACUGUGGUGACUCUAGAGCUGUUCUGGCUCGAAAGGGGAAAGCUAUUCCCCUCUCUGUAGACCAUAAGCCUGAUCGCCCUGAUGAACUUAGCCGGAUCCAGGCUGCUGGUGGCCAGGUUAUAUACUGGGAGGGAGCUCGAGUCCUCGGCGUCCUUGCCAUGUCAAGAGCUAUAGGUGAUAGUUAUCUGAAGCCAUAUGUGACGAGCGAGCCGGAGGUGACCAUAACAGAGCGCACAGGAGAGGAUGACUGUUUGAUCCUAGCCAGCGAUGGAUUAUGGGACAUGGUCUCGAACCAGACUGCAUGCGGCGUGGCUGGGUUGUGUCUGGACGGAAAGGUGGUGAGCAUGAGCCCGCCGGGAAGCGUCUCCGGCGAAGGCGGCGGUGAGUAUCACGACCAGGCAUGUGCGGAUGCGUCGUUAUUGUUGACGAAACUGGCGUUGGUUAGGAGGAGCAGUGAUAACGUGAGUGUUGUUGUCAUCAAUCUCAGGAAGGAGACUUAGAGAGUCAUGUUUUCCGUAACGUGUACCCCGCUAUAUUACUACUUACUACUAGUACUCUUUUCUGUUGUGUUGUUUGGUGUGAUCGAUGGAUGAUCAACUUAUGUUUUAUUUAGACGACUAUGAUUAUGAGUACCUUUCUUUGCUUUU